CGGGAAUCGGGAGGUUGGUGGUGUAGUGUUCACUAACGGGCUAUUCCACACAGGCACUCGGUGCCCCGGCCACGAUGGGAAGGCUCGGGCUUUAGCCUUCAAGUCGCUGCCUCCAGUGCUGUGAGCCUGAAGCAAGCACAAAAGUGAAGUAAUAUAUCUUGCACCAACCAAAGAACCGGCAGCGAUUUUGUUUCAUAUUUCAGAGACAGAGAAACUGCACAAAGAUGGCUAAAAAGGACGAUGACUUAGAUGUGCUGCUCCCAAACUGGUCAGGAGCAGCUGCCCAUGGGUUCAGUAUAAGUGGUGGUGACGAAGGGAUCUUCAUUAAGGAUGUGGUGCAGAAUUCUCCUGCGGGAAAGAGUGGAGUGAUGAAGGAAGGUGACCAGAUUGUAAGUGCAACUAUCUACUUUGAUGACAUGGGAUAUGAAGAAGCACAGAAAAUAUUAGAAACUGUAGAUCGACACACAGUGGGAUUGAAGCUACAUCGAAAAGGAGAAAAGCUUUCUCCUGGGGGAAGUUAUUCGUGGAACCCAGAACGACUUGAAGCUACAAGUCCAGAUGCUGUACUGAGUGGAGAUGAUGAAGACUAUCAAAGGAUUUUCAGAACAAAAAUCAAGCCUCAUCUGAAGUCAGAAGAUGGGUCAGAGGCAUCAGAUCAAGGCGACAGAACUUCCAAUGUUCAUAUCACCAGAAAGGUUAUUACACGUACUAUUCAUACUUCUGGCCCUACAGUCAUAAUGGACACAGACAUCCAGAAUCCAGAAUUUAAAAUAAAAGUUCCAAGAUAUGAACAAGUCACCAAUGAGAGAUCAGAGCCAAAACUGGAAACAUCAGAGAUGGAUGUAGGUGUAAAUCUCCCAGGCACUGAAGUUCUGAAACUUCAAAUGGGAGAUGGCCAACGGACCACUCGCACAAUGCACAUUGUGAAAACAAAAGUUGUAGAGGUAACUGGACCAGAUAUGGAACAUGGCCAGGCUACUUUCCAUAUGCCACAGCUCAAUAUAGCAGGAGGUGGAAGAACAAUGCAAACAACAGAUCUUGACUACAAAGCUGGAAUGACAAAUGUGAAAGAUCCUGUUAUUGAUAUUAAUACAAGUGGAGCAAAAACAGUCAUUGCUUCCCCAAACACUGAUGCUGAUCUUAAUGUAUCUGGAAAUGGUGACAAUUUAAAAGGUCCAAAAAUUGAUGGUCAAAAGUUAAAAGUGCAGCUUGAAGGCUCAGGUUUCAACACACAAGAUGGGAAAUUAAAUAUCAAAAUGAAGACACCAAACAUCAGUGUUUCAGGCUCAGAUGUAAACACAAAUACAUGGACAAAAACAGAAGCACCAGAUCUGAAUAUCGGUAUGAAUGUUCCUGAGGCAGAUAUUAAAAUAUCUGGACCAAGGACAGAAGGCAAUGUUGAAAUACCUGCAGUAGAUCUGAAUGUGGGAAGGGGUGCUACUGAAAUCAAAAGCACGAAUUUUAACUUUCCAGGAAUCAGGUACAAAACUCGUGAACCUGAUUUUAAUCUGGAAGGCAAAGGCGCAAAAGCAACAGUAAAUGUGCCUGACAUUGAAGUGGAGAGUGGCAUCAAAAGUCCUACAUUUAACAAGACAGGAUUCACUAUCUCUGGGCCCAAGGUGACAAUGCCUGAUAUUUCUUUGGAGCAGAAAGGUCCACAAGUUGGAUUACCUGACAUCAAUCUACAGGUUGACAGCAAAGGUCUAAAUCUGAAUACUAGCGAUUCACAAGUUGGUAUCAAGCAACCGGACAUCAGAGAAAAGGAGCUUAAGUUUUCAGUGCCUUCUAUGAAUAUGCCCACUGCAGACACUGACUUAAAUCUGAAAGUGUCAAUAGGAAAAGGUGACCAUAGCACUGACCUUCCGUUAGCAAAUAUUAAGGGAGAAAUCAAAGAGCCCAAAAUAGAUAUAGAAACAGAUAUACCAGACACUGAUAUUAGAUGGCAGAGUACAAAUUCGGAUUUAAAGGGACCAAAGAUAAAAGGUGAUGUUCAUAUACCUGAUGUAGAUUUAAAUGUCAGAGGAGGGUCUAGUAAAAUCAAAGGCCCUAAUUUAAAGAUGCCAGACUUAAGCAUCUCAGGACCAAAGAUCAAAAAGCCAGAUAUCAAUCUGAAACCCAAAGGCCCACAAAGCACAGCAGAUGUUAAUGUCCCUAAUAUAAAUCUAGAGAGUGUUUUCAAAGGCUCAGAUGUGAAUAUUAAAGGGCCUAAGAUUGAUAUUAAGGAACCUGAUGCCAAAGGUAGCGACCUCACGUUUUCGAUGCCUUCAAUAGGUUCACCCAGGGGAAGGGCUCCUGGCAUUGAUUUGAGUCUUAAAGGACCACAGGCGAAAACUGACCAUGAUGCUAACCUCCCUUCUGCUAGUAUUGUGAGUGAGAUUAAAGGACCCAAUGUGGAUGUGGAUGUUCCUGAGGCUGAUAUUAAGGGCCUUAGUGGAACAUUCCAUCAGCCCAAAGUCAAAAUGCCGAUGUUUGGAAUUGGUGGAGGGAAAGUAACAAGUCCGGAUGUCAAUAUUGAUGCGAAUCUUCCCACUACAGAUGCCAUUCUACCUGGUCCAAAGAUAGAAGGUGUUCUUGAUGUACCUGUUGUAGAUGUUGGCAUUGAUGCAGGUUCCAGUAAAAUCAAAGACCCGAAAUUUAAAAUGACAGACUUAAGUAUUUCAGGACCCAAGACUGAACCACCAGAAUUCAAUCUGAAAUUCAGAGGCCCAAAUGCCACAGAACAUACGGAUGUCCCUGAUGUUAAUCUGGAAGGUGAUCUCAAAGGCCCAGAUAUGAACAUUAAAGGUCCCAAAGUUAAUAUUGAGGGACCUAACGCCAAAGGAAACGGCCUAAAUAUUUCAAUGCUUUCCACAGGAUUGCCCAAUAUCAAGACACCCGAGUUUGAUUUGAAUCUCAAAGAUCCAGAGGUGAAAGCUGCGCAUGAUGAUGCCCUUCCUUCUGAAAGCAUUGAAGGUGAGAUCAAGGGACCCAAGGUGGAAAUAGAUCUUCCUGAAGCUGACAUCAAGGGUCCAAGUGGAUCAAUCCAUAUGCCAAAAUUUAAAAUGCCCAAAUUCGGAUUUGGUGGAGGUAAAGUAGAAGGACCCGAAGUCAAUGUUGGUGCAAAUGUUCCAGCUGCAGAUAUCAGUCUAACUGGUCCAAAGAUAGAAGGUAAUGUUGAUGUCCCUGAUGUGGAUCUAGAUGUUGGUGGAGGAUCAGCUAAAAGAGAAGGCGUUAAAUUUAAAAUGCCAGAUUUCAAUAUAUCAGGACCCAAGUUUGAAAAGCCAGAUUUCAGUUGGAAAUUCAAGGGCACAAAGGGCACACCAGAUGUGGAUGUCCCGGAUGUUAAUCUAGAGGGUGAUCUCAAAGGUCCCAAAGUGAAAGCAGACCACGAUAUUGAUCCCUACGCUACCAAAAUAGAGGGUGAGAUCACAGGACCUAAGGUGGACAUAGAUCUUCCAGAGGCAGAUAUGAAGGGUCACAGUGGAAAGUUCCACAUUCCGAAAUUUAAAAAGACAAACUUUGGAUUCGGUGCAGGGAAACCAGAAGGUCCUGACGUCAAUAUUGAUGCAAAUCUUCCAGAUGCAGUUGUCAGUCUAACUGGUCCAAAGAUAGAAGGUGACAUUGAUGUCCCUGACGUAGAUCUAGAUGUUGGUGGAGGCUCUGGUAAAAUUAAAGGCCCGAAAUUUAAAAUGCCAGAUGUCAACAUAUCAGGACCCAAGUUUGAAAAGCCAGAUUUCAGUUUGAAAUUCAAGGGCCCGAAGGGUACAGCUGAUGUGGAUGUCCCGGAUGUCAAUCUAGAGGGUGAUCUCAAAGGCUCGGAUGUGAAUAUUAAAGGUCCUAAAGUUGAUAUUGAGGGACCUGAUGCCAAAGCAGGUGGACUCAAGUUUUCAAUGCCUUCCAUAACAUUGCCCAAGAUCAAGGGUCCUGAUCUUGAUUUGAAUGUCAAAGGCCGAGAGUUGAAAGCUGACCACGAUAUUGACCUCCCUACUGCUAAUAUAGAGGGUGAGAUCAAAGGGCCCAAGGUGGACAUAGAUGUUCCAGAGGCAGAUGUUAAGGGUCCCAGUGGAUCGUUCCACAUGCCGAAAUUUAAAAUGCCCAAGUUUGGAUUCGGUGGAGGGAAAGUGGAAGGUUCCGAUGUCAAUAUUGAUGCAAAGCUUCCAGAUGCAGAUGUCACUCUAACGGGUCCAAACAUAGAAGGAGAUAUUGAUGUCCCCGACGUAGAUCUCGAUGUUGGUGGAGGCUCUGGUAAAAUCAAAGGCCCGAAAUUUAAAAUGCCAGAUUUCAAUAUAUCCGGACCCAAAUUUGAAAACCCAGACUUCAAUUUAAAAUUCAAGGGCCCGAAAGGUACAGCUGAUGUAGAUGUCCCGGAUGUCAAUCUAGAGGGUGAUCUCAAAGGCCCAGAUGUGAAUAUUAAAGGUCCUAAAGUUGACAUUGAGGGACCUGAUGCCAAAGCAGGUGGACUCAAGUUUUCAAUGCCUUCCAUAACAUUGCCCAAGAUCAAGGGUCCUGAUCUUGAUUUGAAUGUCAAAGGCCGAGAGUUGAAAGCUGACCACGAUAUUGACCUCCCUUCUGCUAAUAUAGAGGGUGAGAUCAAAGGGCCCAAGGUGGACAUAGAUGUUCCAGAGGCAGAUAUUAAGGGUCCCAGUGGAUCGUUCCACAUGCCGAAAUUUAAAAUGCCCAAGUUUGGAUUCGGUGGAGGGAAAGUGGAAGGUCCCGAUGUCAACAUUGAUGCAAAGCUUCCAGAUGCAGAUGUCACUCUAACGGGUCCAAACAUAGAAGGAGAUAUUGAUGUCCCCGACGUAGAUCUCGAUGUUGGUGGAGGCUCUGGUAAAAUCAAAGGCCCGAAAUUUAAAACGCCAGAUUUCAAUAUAUCAGGACCCAAGUUUGAAAAGCCAGACUUCAGUUUGAAAUUCAAGGGCCCGAAGGGUACAGCUGAUGUGGAUGUCCCGGAUGUUAAUCUAGAGGGUGAUCUCAAAGGACCUGAUUUGAAUAUUAAAGGUCCUAAAGUUGAUAUUGAGGGACCUGAUGCCAAAGCAGGUGGACUCAAGUUUUCAAUGCCUUCCAUAACAUUGCCCAAGAUCAAGAGUCCUGAUUUUGAUUUGAGUCUGAAAGGCCCAGAGGUGAAAGCUGACCACGAUAUUGACCUCCCUUCUACGAAUAUAGAGGGUGAGAUCAAAGGGCCCAAGGUGGACAUAGAUGUUCCAGAGGCAGAUAUUAAGGGUCCCAGCGGAUCGUUCCACAUGCCGAAGUUUAAAAUGCCCAAGUUUGGAUUUGGUGGAGGGAAAGUAGAAGGUCCCGAUGUCAAUAUUGAUGCAAAACUUCCAGAUGCAGGUGUCAGUCUAACUGGUCCAGACAUAGAUGGUGCUAUUGAUGUCCCUGACGUAGAUCUAGAUGUUGGAGGAGGCUCUGGUAAAAUCAAAGGCCCGAAAUUUAAAAUGCCAGAUUUCAAUAUAUCCGGACCCAAAUUGGAAAAGCCAGAUUUCAAUUUGAAAUUCAAGGGCCCGAAGGGCACAGCUGAUUUGGAUGUCCCAGAUGUUAAUCUAGAGGGCGAUCUCAAAGGCCCGGAUGUGAAUAUUAAAGGUCCUAAAGUUGAUAUUGAGGGACCUGAUGCCAAAGCAGGUGGACUCAAGUUUUCAAUGCCUUCCAUAACAUUGCCCAAAAUCAAGGGGCCUGAUUUUGAUUUGAAUCUCCAAGGUCCAGAGGUGAAAGCUGACUACGAUAUUGACCUCCCUUCUGGCCAAGUAGAGGGUGGGAUCAAAGGGCCCAAGGUGGACAUAGAUGUUCCAGAGGCAGAUACUAAGGGUCCCAGUGGAUCGUUCCACAUGCCGAAAUUUAAAAUGCCCAAGUUUGGAUUUGGUGGAGGGAAAGUGGAAGGUCCCGAUGUCAAUAUUGAUGCAAACAUUCCAGAUGCAGACGUCAGUCUAACUGGUCCAGAGAUAGAAGGUGACAUUGAUGUCCCUGACGUAGAUCUAGAUGUUGGCGGAGGCUCUGGUAAAAUCAAAGGCCCGAAAUUUAAAAUGCCAGAUUUCAAUAUAUCCGGACCCAAGUUUGAAAAGCCAGACUUCAAUUUAAAAUUCAAGGGCCCGAAGGGUACAGCUGAUGUGGAUGUCCCGGAUGUUAAUCUAGAGGGUGAUCUCAAAGGAUCAGAUGUGAAUAUUAAAGGUCCUAAAGUUGAUAUUGAGGGACCUGAUGCCAAAGCAGGUGGACUCAAGUUUUCAAUGCCUUCCAUAACAUUGCCCAAGAUCAAGGGUCCUGAUUUUGAUUUGAGUCUGAAAGGCCCAGAGGUGAAAGCUGACCACGAUAUUGACCUCCCUUCUGCUAAUAUAGAGGGUGAGAUCAAAGGGCCCAAGGUGGACAUAGAUGUUCCAGAGGCAGAUAUUAAGGGUCCCAGUGGAUCGUUCCACAUGCCGAAAUUUAAAAUGCCCAAGUUUGGAUUCGGUGGAGGGAAAGUGGAAGGUCCCGAUGUCAAUAUUGAUGCAAAACUUCCAGAUGCAGGUGUCAGUCUAACUGGUCCAGACAUAGAAGGUGCUAUUGAUGUCCCUGACGUAGAUCUAGAUGUUGGUGGAGGCUCUGGCAAAAUCAAAGGCCCGAAAUUGAAAAUGCCAGAUUUCAAUAUAUCCGGACCCAAAUUGGAAAAGCCAGAUUUCAGUUUGAAAUUCAAGGGCCCCAAGGGCACAGCUGAUGUGGAUGUCCCGGAUAUCAAUCUAGCGGGUGAUCUCAAAGGCCCAGAUGUGAAUAUUAAAGGCCCUAAAGUUGACAUUGAGGGACCUGAUGCCAAAGCAGGUGGACUCAAGUUUUCAAUGCCUUCCAUAACAUUGCCCAAGAUCAAGAGUCCUGAUUUUGAUUUGAGUCUCAAAGGCCCAGAGGUGAAAGCUGACCACGAUAUUGACCUCCCUUCUGCUAAUAUAGAGGGUGAGAUCAAAGGGCCCAAGGUGGACAUAGAUGUUCCAGAGGCAGAUAUUAAGGAUCCCAGUGGAUCGUUCCACAUGCCGAAAUUUAAAAUGCCCAAGUUUGGAUUCGGUGGAGGGAAAGUGGAAGGUCCCGAUGUCAAUAUUGAUGCAAAGCUUCCAGAUGCAGAUGUCAGUCUAACUGGUCCAGAGAUAGAAGGUGCUAUUGAUGUCCCUGACGUAGAUCUAGAUGUUGGUGGAGGCUCUGGUAAAAUCAAAGGCCCGAAAUUUAAAAUGCCAGAUUUCAAUAUAUCAGGACCCAAAUUUGAAAAGCCAGACUUCAAUUUAAAAUUCAAGGGCCCGAAGGGUACAGCUGAUGUGGAUGUCCCGGAUGUCAAUCUAGAGGGUGAUCUCAAAGGCCCGGAUGUGAAUAUUAAAGGUCCUAAAGUCGAUAUUGAGGGACCUGAUGCCAAAUCAGGUGGACUCAAGUUUUCAAUGCCUUCCAUAACAUUGCCCAAAAUCAAGGGUCCUGAUUUUGAUUUGAGUCUCAAAGGCCCAGAGGUGAAAGCUGACCACGAUAUUGACCUCCCUUCUGCUAAUAUAGAGGGUGAGAUCAAAGGGCCCAAGGUGGACCUAGACGUUCCAGAGGCAGAUAUUAAGGGUCCCAGUGGAUCGUUCCACAUGCCGAAAUUUAAAAUGCCCAAGUUUGGAUUCGGUGGAGGGAAAGUGGAAGGUCCCGAUGUCAAUAUUGAUGCAAAUCUUCCAGAUGCAGAUGUCAGUCUAACUGGUCCAGAGAUAGAAGGUAAUAUUGAUGUCCCUGACGUCGAUCUAGAUGUUGGUGGAGGCUCUGGUAAAAUCAAAGGCCCGAAAUUUAAAAUGCCAGAUUUCAAUAUAUCAGGACCCAAGUUUGAUAAGCCAGAUUUAGAUGUGAAAAUCAAAGGCCCAAAAGUUGCAGCCGACGUUGAUGUCCCUGAUGUUGAUCUACAGGGUCAUCUCAAAGGUCCAGGGGUGAACAUUAAAGGACCUAAAGUUGACAUUGAGGGACCUGAUACAAAAGGAAGUGGCCUCAAGAUUUCAGUGCCUUCCAUAGCAUUGCCUAAAUUCAAGGCACCUGAUGUUGACCUGAGUCUCAAGGGCCCAGAUUUCAAAGGCAACCAUGAUGUUGACCUCCCUUCUGCAAAGAUACGGGGUGGGAGCAAAGAACCCAAGGUGAAUAUAGAUGUUCCUGAAGGUGAUAACAAAGGUCAUGGUGGAAAGUUCCGGAUGCCAAGGAUUAAACUGCCAAAAUUUGGAUUGGGUGGAGGGAAAGCAGAAGGUCCCAGUAUGAAUACUGACUCCAGUCUUACUCCUGCAGAUGUCAGUGUAACAGGUCCAAAGAUAGAAGGGGCUAUAAAUGUUCCUGACGUAGAUCUAGAUGUUGGUGGAGGCUCUGGUAAAAUUAAAGGCCCGAAAUUUAAAAUGCCAGAUGUCAACAUAUCAGGACCCAAAUUGGAAAAGCCAGAUUUCAGUUUGAAAUUCAAGAGCCCAAAGGGCACAGCUGAUGUGGAUGUCCCGGAUGUUAAUCUAAAGGGUGACCUCAAAGGCCCGGAUGUGAAUAUUAAAGGCCCUAAAGCUGACAUUGAGGGACCUGAUGCCAAAGCAGGUGGACUCAAGUUUUCAAUGCCUUCCAUAACAUUGCCCAAAAUCAAAGGUCCUGAUUUUGAUUUGAGUCUGAAAGGCCCAGAGGUGAAAGCUGACCAUGAUAUUGACAUCCCUUCUGGCAAGGUAGAGGGUGAGAUCAAAGGGCCCAAGGUGGACAUAGAUGUUCCAGAGGCAGAUAUUAAGGGUCCCAGUGGAUCGUUCCACAUGCCAAAAUUUAAAAUGCCCAAGUUUGGAUUCGGUGGAGGGAAAGUGGAAGGUCCCGAUGUCAAUAUUGAUGCAAAGCUUCCAGAUGCAGAUGUCAGUCUAACUGGUCCAGAGAUAGAAGGUAAUAUUGAUGUCCCUGACGUAGAUCUAGAUGUUGGUGGAGGCUCUGGUAAAAUCAAAGGCCCGAAAUUUAAAAUGCCAGAUUUCAAUAUAUCCGGACCCAAGUUUGAAAAGCCAGACUUCAAUUUAAAAUUCAAGGGCCCGAAGGGUACAGCUGACGUGGAUGUCCCGGAUGUCAAUCUAGAGGGUGAUCUCAAAGGACCUGAUUUGAAUAUUAAAGGUCCUAAAGUUGAUAUUGAGGGACCUGAUGCCAAAGCAGGUGGACUCAAGUUUUCAAUGCCUUCCAUAACAUUGCCCAAAAUCAAGGGUCCUGAUUUUGAUUUGAGUCUCAAAGGCCCCGAGGUGAAAGCUGACCACGAUAUUGACCUCCCUUCUGCUAAUAUAGAGGGUGAGAUCAAAGGGCCCAAGGUGGACAUAGAUGUUCCAGAGGCAGAUAUUAAGGGUCCCAGCGGAUCGUUCCACAUGCCGAAAUUUAAAAUGCCCAAGUUUGGAUUCGGUGGAGGGAAAGUGGAAGGUCCCGAUGUCAAUAUUGAUGCAAAGCUUCCAGAUGCAGAUAUCAGUCUAACUGGUCCAGAGAUAGAAGGUGCUAUUGAUGUCCCUGACGUAGAUCUAGAUGUUGGUGGAGGCUCUGGUAAAAUCAAAGGCCCGAAAUUUAAAAUGCCAGAUUUCAAUAUGUCCGGACCCAAGUUUGAAAAGCCAGACUUCAAUUUAAAAUUCAAGGGCCCGAAGGGUACAGCUGAUGUGGAUGUCCCGGAUGUCAAUCUAGAGGGUGAUCUCAAAGGACCAGAUGUGAAUAUUAAAGGUCCUAAAGUUGAUAUUGAGGGACCUGAUGCCAAAGCAGGUGGACUCAAGUUUUCAAUGCCUUCCAUAACAUUGCCCAAGAUCAAGGGUCCUGAUUUUGAUUUGAGUCUGAAAGGCCCAGAGGUGAAAGCUGACCACGAUAUUGACCUCCCUUCUGCUAAUACAGAGGGUGAGAUCAAAGGGCCCAAGGUGGACAUAGAUGUUCCAGAGGCAGAUAUUGAGGGUCCCAGUGGAUCGUUCCACAUGCCAAAAUUUAAAAUGCCCAAGUUUGGAUUCGGUGGAGGGAAAGUGGAAGGUCCCGAUGUCAAUAUUGAUGCAAAGCUUCCAGAUGCAGAUGUCAGUCUAUUUGGUCCAGAGAUAGAAGGUGCUACUGAUGUCCCUGACGUAGAUCUAGAUGUUGGUGGAGGCUCUGGUAAAAUCAAAGGCCCGAAAUUUAAAAUGCCAGAUUUCAAUAUAUCAGGACCCAAGUUUGAAAAGCCAGACUUCAAUUUAAAAUUCAAGGGCCCGAAGGGUACAGCUGAUGUGAAUGUCCCGGAUGUCAAUCUAGAGGGUGAUCUCAAAGGACCAGAUGUGAAUAUUAAAGGUCCUAAAGUCGAUAUUGAGGGACCUGAUGCCAAAGCAGGUGGACUCAAGUUUUCAAUGCCUUCCAUAACAUUGCCCAAGAUCAAGGGUCCUGAUUUUGAUUUGAGUCUCAAAGGCCCAGAGGUGAAAGCUGACCACGAUAUUGACCUCCCUUCUGCUAAUAUAGAGGGUGAGAUCAAAGGGCCCAAGGUGGACAUAGAUGUUCCAGAGGCAGAUAUUAAGGGUCCCAGUGGAUCGUUCCACAUGCCGAAAUUUAAAAUGCCCAAGUUUGGAUUCGGUGGAGGGAAAGUGGAAGGUCCCGAUGUCAAUAUUGAUGCAAAUCUUCCAGAUGCAGAUGUCAGUCUAACUGGUCCAGAGAUAGAAGGUAAUAUUGAUGUCCCUGACGUAGAUCUAGAUGUUGGUGGAGGCUCUGGUAAAAUCAAAGGCCCGAAAUUUAAAAUGCCAGAUUUCAAUAUAUCCGGACCCAAAUUUGAAAAGCCAGACUUCAGUUUGAAAUUCAAGGGCCCGAAGGGUACAGCAGAUGUGGAUGUCCCGGAUGUUAAUCUACAGGGUGAUCUCAAAGGACCAGAUGUGAAUAUUAAAGGUCCUAAAGUUGAUAUUGAGGGACCUGAUGCCAAAGCAGGUGGACUCAAGUUUUCAAUGCCUUCCAUAACAUUGCCCAAAAUCAAGGGUCCUGAUUUUGAUUUGAGUCUCAAAGGCCCAGAGGUGAAAGCUGACCACGAUAUUGACCUCCCUUCUGCUAAUAUAGAGGGUGAGAUCAAAGGACCCAAGGUGGACAUAGAUGUUCCAGAGGCAGAUAUUAAGGGUCCCAGCGGAUCGUUCCACAUGCCGAAAUUUAAAAUGCCCAAGUUUGGAUUCGGUGGAGGGAAAGUGGAAGGUCCCGAUGUCAAUUUUGAUGCAAAUCUUCCAGAUGCAGAUGUCAGUCUAACUGGUCCAGAGAUAGAAGGUAAUAUUGAUGUCCCUGACGUAGAUCUAGAUGUUGGUGGAGGCUCUGGUAAAAUCAAAGGCCCGAAAUUUAAAAUGCCAGAUUUCAAUAUAUCCGGACCCAAAUUUGAAAAGCCAGACUUCAGUUUGAAAUUCAAGGGCCCGAAGGGUACAGCAGAUGUGGAUGUCCCUGAUGUUGAUCUACAGGGUGAUCUCAAAGGACCAGAUGUGAAUAUUAAAGGUCCUAAAGUUGAUAUUGAGGGACCAGAUGCCAAAGCAGGUGGACUCAAGUUUUCAAUGCCUUCCAUAACAUUGCCCAAAAUCAAGGGUCCAGAUUUUGAUUUGAGUCUCAAAGGCCCAGAGGUGAAAGCUGACCACGAUAUUGACCUCCCUUCUGCUAAUAUAGAGGGUGAGAUCAAAGGACCCAAGGUGGACAUAGAUGUUCCAGAGGCAGAUAUUAAGGGUCCCAGCGGAUCGUUCCACAUGCCAAAAUUUAAAAUGCCCAAGUUUGGAUUCGGUGGAGGGAAAGUGGAAGGUCCCGAUGUCAAUAUUGAUGCAAAGCUUCCAGAUGCAGAUGUCAGUCUAUCUGGUCCAGAGAUAGAAGGUAAUAUUGAUGUCCCUGACGUAGAUCUAGAUGUUGGUGGAGGCUCUGGUAAAAUCAAAGGCCCGAAAUUUAAAAUGCCAGAUUUCAAUAUAUCCGGACCCAAAUUUGAAAAGCCAGACUUCAAUUUAAAAUUCAAGGGCCCGAAGGGUACAGCUGAUGUGGAUGUCCCGGAUGUCAAUCUAGAGGGUGAUCUCAAAGGCCCAGAUGUGAAUAUUAAAGGUCCUAAAGUUGACAUUGAGGGACCUGAUGCCAAAGCAGGUGGACUCAAGUUUUCAAUGCCUUCCAUAACAUUGCCCAAAAUCAAGGGUCCUGAUUUUGAUUUGAGUCUGAAAGGCCCAGAGGUUAAAGCUGACCACGAUAUUGACGUCCCUUCUGCUAAUACAGAGGGUGAGAUCAAAGGGCCCAAGGUGGACAUAGAUGUUCCAGAGGCAGAUAUUAAGGGUCCCAGCGGAUCGUUCCACAUGCCGAAAUUUAAAAUGCCCAAGUUUGGAUUCGGUGGAGGGAAAGUGGAAGGUCCCGGUGUCAAUAUUGAUGCAAAUCUUCCAGAUGCAGAUGUCAGUCUAACUGGUCCAGAGAUAGAAGGUGACAUUGAUGUCCCUGACGUAGAUCUAGAUGUUGGUGGAGGCUCUGGUAAAAUCAAAGGCCCGAAAUUUAAAAUGCCAGAUUUCAAUAUAUCCGGACCCAAGUUUGAAAAGCCAGACUUCAAUUUAAAAUUCAAGGGCCCGAAGGGUACAGCUGAUGUGGAUGUCCCGGAUGUUAAUCUAGAGGGUGAUCUCAAAGGACCAGAUGUGAAUAUUAAAGGUCCUAAAGUGGAUAUUGAGGGACCUGAUGCCAAAGCAGGUGGACUCAAGUUUUCAAUGCCUUCUAUAACAUUGCCCAAGAUCAAGGGUCCUGAUUUUGAUUUCAGUCUCAAAGGCCCAGAGGUGAAAGCUGACCACGAUAUUGACCUCCCUUCUGCUAAUAUAGAGGGUGAGAUCAAAGGGCCCAAGGUGGACAUAGAUGUUCCAGAGGCAGAUAUUAAGGGUCCCAGCGGAUCGUUCCACAUGCCGAAAUUUAAAAUGCCCAAGUUUGGAUUCGGUGGAGGGAAAGUGGAAGGUCCCGAUGUCAAUAUUGAUGCAAAACUUCCAGAUGCAGAUGUCAGUCUAACUGGUCCAGAGAUAGAAGGUGACAUUGAUGUCCCUGACGUAGAUCUAGAUGUUGGUGGAGGCUCUGGUAAAAUCAAAGGCCCGAAAUUUAAAAUGCCAGAUUUCAAUAUAUCCGGACCCAAGUUUGAAAAGCCAGACUUCAAUUUAAAAUUCAAGGGCCCGAAGGGUACAGCUGAUGUGGAUGUCCCGGAUGUCAAUCUAGAGGGUGAUCUCAAAGGCCCGGAUGUGAAUAUUAAAGGUCCUAAAGUGGAUAUUGAGGGACCUGAUGCCAAAGCAGGUGGACUCAAGUUUUCAAUGCCUUCCAUAACAUUGCCCAAGAUCAAGGGUCCUGAUUUUGAUUUGAAUCUCAAAGGCCCAGAGGUGAAAGCUGACCACGAUAUUGACCUCCCUUCUGCUAAUAUAGAGGGUGAGAUCAAAGGGCCCAAGGUGGACAUAGAUGUUCCAGAGGCAGAUAUUAAGGGUCCCAGUGGAUCGUUCCACAUGCCGAAAUUUAAAAUGCCCAAGUUUGGAUUCGGUGGAGGGAAAGUGGAAGGUCCCGAUGUCAACAUUGAUGCAAAGCUUCCAGAUGCAGAUGUCAGUCUAUCUGGUCCAGAGAUAGAAGGUGCUAUUGAUGUCCCUGACGUAGAUCUAGAUGUUGGUGGAGGCUCUGGUAAAAUCAAAGGCCCGAAAUUUAAAAUGCCAGAUUUCAAUAUAUCCGGACCCAAGUUUGAAAAGCCAGACUUCAAUUUAAAAUUCAAGGGCCCGAAGGGCACAGCUGAUGUGGAUGUCCCAGAUGUCAAUCUAGAGGGUGAUCUCAAAGGCCCGGAUGUGAAUAUUAAAGGUCCUAAAGUGGAUAUUGAGGGACCUGAUGCCAAAGCAGGUGGACUCAAGUUUUCAAUGCCUUCCAUAACAUUGCCCAAGAUCAAGGGUCCUGAUUUUGAUUUGAAUCACAAAGGCCCAGAGGUGAAAGCUGACCACGAUAUUGACCUCCCUUCUGCUAAUAUAGAGGGUGAGAUCAAAGGGCCCAAGGUGGACAUAGAUGUUCCAGAGGCAGAUAUUAAGGGUCCCAGUGGAUCGUUCCACAUGCCAAAAUUUAAAAUGCCCAAGUUUGGAUUCGGUGGAGGGAAAGUGGAAGGUCCCGAUGUCAAUAUUGAUGCAAAGCUUCCAGAUGCAGAUGUCAGUCUAUCUGGUCCAGAGAUGGAAGGUGCUAUUGAUGUCCCUGACGUAGAUCUAGAUGUUGGUGGAGGCUCUGGUAAAAUCAAAGGCCCGAAAUUUAAAAUGCCAGAUUUCAAUAUAUCCGGACCCAAGUUUGAAAAGCCAGACUUCAAUUUAAAAUUCAAGGGCCCGAAGGGCACAGCUGAUGUGGAUGUCCCGGAUGUCAAUCUAGGGGGUGAUCUCAAAGGCCCGGAUGUGAAUAUUAAAGGUCCUAAAGUGGAUAUUGAGGGACCUGAUGCCAAAGCAGGUGGACUCAAGUUUUCAAUGCCUUCCAUAACAUUGCCCAAGAUCAAGGGUCCUGAUUUUGAUUUGAAUCUCAAAGGCCCAGAGGUGAAAGCUGACCACGAUAUUGACCUCCCUUCUGCUAAUAUAGAGGGUGAGAUCAAAGGGCCCAAGGUGGACAUAGAUGUUCCAGAGGCAGAUAUUAAGGGUCCCAGCGGAUCGUUCCACAUGCCGAAAUUUAAAAUGCCCAAGUUUGGAUUCGGUGGAGGGAAAGUGGAAGGUCCCGAUGUCAACAUUGAUGCAAAGCUUCCAGAUGCAGAUGUCAGUCUAUCUGGUCCAGAGAUAGAAGGUGCUAUUGAUGUCCCUGACGUAGAUCUAGAUGUUGGUGGAGGCUCUGGUAAAAUCAAAGGCCCGAAAUUUAAAAUGCCAGAUUUCAAUAUAUCCGGACCCAAAUUGGAAAAGCCAGACUUCAAUUUAAAAUUCAAGGGCCCGAAGGGUACAGCUGAUGUGGAUGUCCCGGAUGUCAAUCUAGAGGGUGAUCUCAAAGGACCAGAUGUGAAUAUUAAAGGUCCUAAAGUCGAUAUUGAGGGACCUGAUGCCAAAGCAGGUGGACUCAAGUUUUCAAUGCCUUCCAUAACAUUGCCCAAGAUCAAGGGUCCUGAUUUUGAUUUGAGUCUGAAAGGCCCAGAGGUGAAAGCUGACCACGAUAUUGACCUCCCUUCUGCUAAUAUAGAGGGUGAGAUCAAAGGGCCCAAGGUGGACAUAGAUGUUCCAGAGGCAGAUAUUAAGGGUCCCAGUGGAUCGUUCCACAUGCCGAAAUUUAAAAUGCCCAAGUUUGGAUUCGGUGGAGGGAAAGUGGAAGGUCCCGAUGUCAAUAUUGAUGCAAAUCUUCCAGAUGCAGAUGUCAGUCUAACUGGUCCAGAGAUAGAAGGUAAUAUUGAUGUCCCUGACGUAGAUCUAGAUGUUGGUGGAGGCUCUGGUAAAAUCAAAGGCCCGAAAUUUAAAAUGCCAGAUUUCAAUAUAUCAGGACCCAAGUUUGAAAAGCCAGACUUCAAUUUAAAAUUCAAGGGCCUGAAGGGUACAGCAGAUGUGGAUGUCCCGGAUGUCAAUCUAGAGGGUGAUCUCAAAGGCCCGGAUGUGAAUAUUAAAGGUCCUAAAGUUGAUAUUGAGGGACCUGAUGCCAAAGCAGGUGGACUCAAGUUUUCAAUGCCUUCCAUAACAUUGCCCAAGAUCAAGGGUCCUGAUUUUGAUUUGAGUCUCAAAGGCCCAGAGGUGAAAGUUGACCACGAUAUUGACCUCCCUUCUGCUAAUAUAGAGGGUGAGAUCAAAGGACCCAAGGUGGACCUAGACGUUCCAGAGGCAGAUAUUAAGGGUCCCAGUGGAUCGUUCCACAUGCCGAAAUUUAAAAUGCCCAAGUUUGGAUUCGGUGGAGGGAAAGUAGAAUGUCCCGAUGUCAAUGUUGAUGCAAACAUUCCAGAUGCAGAUGUCAAUCUAACUGGUCCAAAGAUAGAAGGUGCUAUUGAUGUCCCUGACGUAGAUCUAGAUGUUGGUGGAGGCUCUGGUAAAAUCAAAGGCCCGAAAUUUAAAAUGCCAGAGUUCAAUAUAUCCGGACCCAAAUUGGAAAAGCCAGAUUUCAGUUUAAAAUUCAAGGGCCCGAAGGGUACAGCUGAUGUGGAUGUCCCGGAUGUUAAUCUAGAGGGUGAUCUCAAAGGCCCAGAUGUGAAUAUUAAAGGUCCUAAAGUUGAUAUUGAGGGACCUGAUGCCAAAGCAGGUGGACUCAAGUUUUCAAUGCCUUCCAUAACAUUGCCCAAGAUCAAGGGUCCUGAUUUUGAUUUGAGUCUCAAAGGCUCAGACGUGAAAGCUGACCAUGAUGCUGACGUCCCUUCUGCCAAGGUAGAGGGUGAGAUCAAAGGACUAAAUGUGGAUAUAGAUGCUCCUGAGGCUAACAUUAAGGGUCCGAGUUCCAAAUUCCACAUGCCCAAAAUCAGAAUGCCAAAAUUUGGGUUUGGUGGAGGGAAAGUAGAAGGGCCCGAUGUAAAUAUUGAUGCCAGCCUACCUGAGGCAGAUGUGAAUCUAACACGACCAGCAAUCGAAGGUGAUAUGGAAAUGCCAGAUGUAGAUCUAGACAUUGAGGGAAGUUCUGGCCGAAUCAAAGGCCCUAAAUUCAAAUUACCAGGAUUCGGUAUUUCUGGGCCGAAGAUCCCAAAGCCUGAUUUUGACCUGGAACUCAAAGGUCCAAAAUUGACAGGAGAUGUGGACGUCCCUGAUGUUAACUUUUCUGGUGACAUCAAAGGCCCUAAGAUUAAUAAACCUGGAAUCAGUAUCUCUGCUCCAAAGGUUCCAAAGCCUGAUUUGGGCCUGGAACUUAAAGGUCCAAAAGCCUCCAGGGAUUUUGAAGUGCCUGGUAUUGAAAUGGAGGGUGACAUCAAAGGCAAGAAUUUGAACAUUAAAGGUCCCAAAUUAGAUAUCGAGGGACCUAAUGUUAAAGAAACUGGAGCCAAAUUUUCAAUGCCUUCAAUACAUUUGCCACAUAUAACAGCUCCCAAUGUUGAUUUAAAUUUCAAAGGCCCAAAAUUAACGGGUGAUCAGACCACUGACAUCUCUUCACCAAGUAUCGAGGGAGAAAUUAAAGGACCAAAGAUUGAUGUAGAGACUCCAGACAUUGACUUGGGAGGUGCACAUGGACAGUUCCAAAUGCCAAAAAUCAGUAUGCCGACAUUUAAGAUGGGUGGAACCAAAUUAGAAGGAGCUGAUGUGGACAUUAAAGCCAAUGUUCCUGAGACAGAUGUUAGUAUAUCUGGGCCAAAGAUAAAAGGUGGGGUUGAAAUUCCUGAGGUAGAUAUGGAUGUUGAUGGUAAAAUCAAAGGCCCUGGAUUUCAAAUGCCAGGCAUUAACAUCUCUUUACCCAAAAUUAAAGCUCCUAAUUUAGAUUUUGGAUUUAAGGGUCCUGAACUGCCAGGAGGUGCUGCUGCUGAUAUUAACAUGGAAGGUGACAUUAAAGGUUCAGGUUUCGACAUCAAAGGUCCCAAAGUAGAUAUUGAGGCACCUGAUAUCAAAAUUGAUGGUCCUGACAUUAAAUCUCCAAGUUUAGGUGUUGAUAUUAGGGCACCUGAGAUAGAUACAGAUGGUCAAAGUGCACAUCUGAAAAUGCCAAAAAUGAAGAAGCCAAAAUUUGGAUUUGGAAUGAAAGGACCACAAGGUGACAUAAAUGCACCGUCGCUAGACAUUUCUGGUUCCGACGGAGAUUUAAAUGUUGAUUCAGCAGACUUGAACAUAAGCACCAAAGGAAAAAAGGGCAAAUUUAAGAUGCCCAAAUUCAAUAUCAAAUCAAAGAAACCGGCAGGAGAUGUGAAGGUGAACACUCCAACAAGUGAACUUGAUCUAUCCAAACCAGAAGCAGAUAUUAAGUCCCCAGAUCUAAAUGUCACACUUGGAUCAUCCGAUGGACAACUGAACAUCAAGCAUCCAAAAGUAAAGAAACAGCGAUUUGGAAAAAUGAAGCUGACAUUUCCAGAUGUUGAAUUUGAUCUGGCAUCAUCAAAAGCUAAAGGUGAACUAGCGAGUUCAAAAAUUGAAGGAGAUUUACAAGCACAUAAUAUUGAUGUUUCAUCUGCAGAUAUAGAAGGUCCACAUAUUAACAUCAGAGCACCAGCAGUAGAUGUCAAUGCAGAUGUUGCCUUGGAAGGACAUGGUUUCAAAGCUAAGGGCACAAAAUUAAAAUUGCCUUCACUAAAUAUCAAAUCAUCCAAAAUGUCUGAGCCAAAUUUGGAUAUUAAUUUAAAGGACACAGAUCUGGAAGGUGAAGUAUCAGGAGAUGUAAAAGAACCAACGAUUGACAUAAAGAGACCUGAAAUAGAUUUUGACGUUGAUGCUCCAAAUGUUGAUAUUGAAAAACCAGAAAGCAAAUUAAAAAUGAAAAUAAAGAAACCAAAGCUUAAUAUUUCAGGACCAAAAUUGAAAGGUUCAGGUGUGGACAUUAAUGUUAAUACAUCAAAAUUAGAGAGUGGAAUUAAAGGACCUGAGGUUAACAUUGACGCACCCAGUAUUGACCUUCAACCCAAUAUUGCUGGUCCAGAUCUGCACCUGAAAGGAUCAAGUCUCAAGUCAGCAGACGGUGACUUUGAAAGUGCAGAAGGAAAGCUGAAAAUGCCUGCAAUUAACAUUUCUGGUACUAAAUUGCAAGGUCCUGAUCUGAAUCUUGACACAAAAGGAGUGAAGAUAGGAGGUGAUGUUAAGACACCAGCUGUACAUGUCAAUCUUGAAACAUCUGAUAUGAACAUAAAUGCUGAUGGCAAGUUCAAAGGACCCAAAAUUCCAAUACCUUCAAUUGACAUCUCCACGCCUAAAUUGGACUUAAAUUCAAAGCAUCCACAGAUAAAAGGAGAUGUCAAUAUUUCUAACCCAAAUAUGAAAGGAAACUUUAGAGGACCAGAUGUGCAUGUAAAAGGUCCUAGUAUAGAUGUUAGUGGUGCUGAUAUUGAAGUUAAAGGUGGAGAAGGAAAGCUAAAGAUGCCUCAGAUCAAUCUUCCAAAAGCUGAUAUAAACCUUGCAGGACAGAUGAUAAAAGGGACCUCUGCAUCUGAUUUUGAUGUUAAUGUGAGGGGUCCUAAAUUAGAAGGAAGUUUGGAUACUGAUAUAAAAUGCCCUGAGUUGGACAUUAAGGGGCCAAAUGUGAAAAUGGAUACAUCAGAUAUUAACAUUGGUGGUCUAAAAGGAAAAGGUUCCAGUAUUGAUAUUAAUGUGCCAAAUGCUAACAUAGAAUUUUCUGAACCGAAGUUUGAGCAAGACAUAAAGAGAAGUAUAAAUGUUGCUGUACCAGAUGUGAACUUAAGUGCUAAAGUAAAGAGCCCUGAAGUAAAAGUUCCGACAGCUGAUGUGCAAUUUGAUGCAAAAGGCCCUACAAUCAAAGGUGGUGUUGAUGUUUCCAGUUCCAAAAUUGAUGUGAAAAGUCCAGAGCUUGACGUCAAAGCUUCAGACAUAAGUGCAGAUAUUAAAGCAGCAAUGGCUGAUCUUGAUAUUCCUUUGGAUAAAAUGACAAUACCUAAAUUUAAACAUUCUCAAUUCCAAAUAAAAGGGCCAAAUGUGGAAGCACAUCAAAUGACAACCAGUGUCAGUGUUUCAGGUGCACAGGGUCCAAAUGUUAAAAUUAAAGGACCACAGGCAAAUAUUAGGCUGCCAGAAGAUGAUACAGAUAGUUCAGGGGUUAAGGUAAAAAAGGGGAAACUUAAAAUGCCCAAAUUUAAUUUUUCUAAGUCUAAAGGGAAAAGUAGUAUUGAAGGAGCAGAGGGUGAAUUCAGUGUGUCUGGACCAAAGAUUGAUAUGAAGGGCUCAAAAGGUAGCCUGAGAUUCAGUGACAUUGAAAUGGAAGGACCAGAAAUGGCUGGAUCUGGUAAAGCUUCCGGUUUGGACAUAAACACUUCUCCAAAAGGGAAGUCAGGAACACUAGAUUUCUCAUUAUUUAAAGGCAAAAAAUCAGAACGUCAUAGGUCAUCUUCUCUGAGUGAUGAGCACGACUUUUCACCAUCAUCCCCCAAAGAUAGAGUAGAUUUUGGAGAGGCGGCUGUGGGUACAAAAGGAAAGAAAUCAAAACUGAAAUUUGGGACAUUUGGAGGCUUUGGGGCAAAGUCAAAAGGCUCCUAUGAGGUCACUCUUGGUGAAGGUGAGGCAGCAGCAGAGGGGAGCGGUAUCUCUCUAGUUUCUAAGAAGACCCGCCUAUCCUCCUCAUCCAGCAACGAAAGUGGAUCCAGAGCAGGAUUCCGACUUCCUAAGGUAGAACUGAAUAUCAACAAAAACAAAGAAUAAUUUUGUAAAUAGAGCCCGUGUUCUUGUAAAUAGAAAUUAACUGCAUUACUUUUAACUCAUAAGCCAAGGCACAGAGGUCCACUGGACUUCAUCCCUAACUCAUUGGCAGGUCAAAAGUCAGAUGGAUUAUUUAAAAGUGUUGAGCCAUUGUUUUUCUUUUUACAAUGCGAGGAUUGAACCAUAGCCAGAUCUGACUUGCAGGUAUUUCAAUACACUUCUGUAACAGCUAACACAACAAACUAAAGUUCUAUUACAAGCUGAAAGCAAUAGCCUACUAGCAGAAAAAUAAACUAUUUUGAUACAUUUUCUAUGUAGUGGUUUGUUAUUUUCAUAUACUGAUAAAAUUGAGGUGUUAAAACAUGUAAUCACUGGUGCUCUCUCUAGCUUACUUUAUUCAACGGAAUGCAGCUAAUCUAUGAGAGGUUUUAUUGAUUAAUGAUUUGAGCAGAGACAAUUGGAGAGGAAGAGUUUAAGUUGUCUUUAGACCAAUAGAAGCUAUCCUAUCUAUAUGAAAAGUGUAUUUUGGCAUUAGCCGAAACAGACUCAAUUCGUCCAGUUAUUGGUGCAGUAUUGCCAGUGUCUAACAGCAAUAAUGUUUGGCCAAUUUUAUUUCCUUGUAAACUUACAGGGCUGCAAAAAAAUCUAUUCUGGAUAGCUUAAAUUCUUCACUUUGUAAAAUGUAUUAACUGUUGGUCUGUGGAUCUAGUCAAGGCAUGUUUCCACUGUGAAUCUGAGUGUUAAUGCCAUCCUGCCCCCUUUAUCUUGUGCUUCUGCUGCUGUGAUCUUUUAUUCCCAUGUCCUAUCUCCCAAAGCCACAAAUAAAGAAGCCCCAAAGAAAUCAUUCAAUGUGCAACCAUGUAAUUUGAAUUCGUUUGAGUCACAGGUGUCAAAUAUAAGAAACACUAAAUUAAAUAACACAAUUUACUUGCACUUAAAAUGGCCCAUUCCCUUCCCACCCUCUCCUCUUCCCAAUUCCCUUUACCUCCAGGCAAUACAGCUUGGUUGAUAAAUGUAGUGCUCUCAAGUGUGAAUUUCAGAAUAGAUACGGUGGUCUGAGGUAGGCUUGCUAACAGCAUGUAUCGGCAGACCUGCGAAGGAGCCUGCACUAUCUGGUUUAAUUUUAAGAGCAGUAUAUGACAGCACUGGAUUAAAAUACUGCUUUGUUUGAGUCCACAGAUAGCACCAAACGCCCUGUAACUUAACAAACCCUUUCCUUUUGUUGCAAAUUACAGGAAAAUUGUGACUUUUCUAGUUUGUCUUACCAUUUCUUUGUUCCAUUCUAAAGUGUUGUUAAUAGAACUUUUUCUUCAUAAUUCUGUCUGCACUUUUAUGGCAAACAGUAGACGAUGGGAAUGUAAGACAAGUGCGUACCUUGUAAAAAUCAAAUAAAUUGUUCAUUACCCUGAAUUAGAAA